AUGGCCGCCAACGACUAUUACCAGAACAAACCGCUACCCCCUCCAGGAGCUUCUCCCUCGCCUGCUCCCUAUUACGGCGGUGCUGCCUACAACAACAUUCCCUCAACCAGUUCAACACCCGCUCCUCCCUACAGCUCAAUACCUCCCGCGCCCGGCGCCAGUCAACCACCACCACCACGCGCCAAUACCGUAUCCCCUUUCGAAAGCGUCUUUGACGAUCAUGUCUAUCCCGUAGACUCAACACAGGACGGAUUUCGCCACAACGGAAACCCCCAGAGCCCUCAUCCUCAGACUACCAACAACAUGCAACCCCAACGCAUGAACACGAUGAACACAGUAAACACCGCCUACACAGGCCACGGCCAGGCGGCCUACAACAGCCACGAUCCCCACCAACAGAAUCCCUAUGCCCAGCCGGACACCGCGUACUACGGUCAUUCUACUUCUCCAGACUCGAGCAGACAAAAUGUGGCCGACGAAAUUCCCCUGCAAAGCCGGCAGCCGACGCAGCCGCACAAGGAUGUGGAGAUGAACGAGAAUGACCAUGUUUACGAUGCACCUGCGGGAUCUCGUCGCUCAAAGAGUCGCCGCGACAAGAACAAGGUUGGAUUCGGUCAGCUGGGCAUGUUCGGUGCCGACAGAAAGGGCAUUCCGUGGGUGGUUUACAUUUUCACGUUGGUUCAGGUUGCGGUCUUCAUCGCUGAGAUUGUGAAGAAUGCUCAACUCACUGGUUCGCCCAUCAUGACCAAGCCCUCGUUCAAUCCUAUGAUUGGACCUUCGACCUACGUGAUGAUCAACAUGGGUGCUCGCUACGUUGCUUGCAUGCACAACGUCAAGGGUAUCCAGGAUCUCGGCCAGCCCAUCACCUGGCCUUGCCCGAACUCGACCUCGAGCGAUGCCAGCAACCCCUCGAACCAGUGCGGCCUCGGCGAUUUGUGUGGCUUUGGAGGUGUGCCGGAGCCAACCUAUACCGACAUCAACCAGUCACCGGAACCUAACCAGUGGUUCCGCUUCAUCACGCCCAUCUUUCUGCACGCAGGCCUCAUCCAUAUUGGCUUCAACCUGCUUCUGCAAAUGACGAUAGGAAAAGAGAUGGAGAUAGCUAUCGGCUCGAUUCGCUUCUUCUUGGUCUAUGUAAGCGCAGGUAUAUUCGGCAACGUCAUGGGAGCAAACUAUGCCGGUGUUAUGGCUGCGUCGACGGGUGCUUCAGGCGCCCUCUUCGGCGUCAUCGCUCUUACCCUGCUCGAUCUCCUGUACUCCUGGAAAGACCGCCGCAGCCCUGUGAAGGACCUGAUGUUCAUCAUGUUGGAUGUAGUCAUCUCUUUCGUACUGGGUCUCCUGCCAGGACUCGACAACUUUGCCCACAUCGGUGGCUUCCUGAUGGGUCUUGCGCUCGGCAUCUGCGUCUUGCACUCGCCCAAUUCCUUGAGACGGAGACUUGGCGCUGAGGAUCCGUCAUACGCGUCAAUGCACCUCACCCCCAAUCAAGGUGGCCCGCCUCCGUUCCUGAAGAAUCCCAUCGGUUUCUUCAAGGGCAGGAAGCCACUCUGGUGGGCAUGGUGGUUGGUCAGAGCUGGCUUCUUGCUGACCGUCAUCAUCGUCUUCAUUGUCCUGCUUAAUAACUUCUACAUCUACCACAACACUUGCAGCUGGUGCAAGUACCUCAGUUGUAUUCCUGUAAACAACUGGUGCGAGCUUGACAACUUCAAGAUCACUUCAUCAUGA